AUGAGGCCGGCGAUUCUUCUUAUCGCUCUCGCGCCGGCUAUUCUCGCCGAAUCGCAUUCACGCGCCAACAUCUCUCCCGAUCUUACACUUCGCGCUCAUGCCGCAUCAAUACAAGACGCACCCCGAGACCACCUUCUUCCUAUCACAGAAUCAGAAGACUCUACAAUUGGUCAGCUCAGUACUAGAAAUGUUCUCCAAGCGCGCAGUGAAGGCUCCUUAGGACAGACCCCAUGGAUCGGGAUGGCCAUCGGGUUAACCUGUACAGCUCUAGCAGCUGUAAUGCUAGGGUAA